AUAAUAUCACUUGAAACAACGUUACCUCGCAUAAUUUUUUUUUGAGACUUUUAUGCUUACAUUUCCUCACUUAAUUAAGAAUUUAGAGUGGAAUGAAGUUGAACGUGUGUUAACAAUGUAAACGAAUAUUUAUAUUGAAGUACUCUAUUGAACAUACAUUUUACACUUUGUUAUUGUCUUUUUGGUAAUUUAUGACUGCCUAAAUUAUCUGUAUACAUUUGUAUAUUACAUAUAAGUAUAGGUAUAAAAGAUAUAAUGCAGUGGAUGUAAUAUUAUAUAUAAUAUCGAACGUAUGAGUGAAACAUGUUCCUCGUGUCUUAUGAAAAUUACCCAUUAAAUUGGGUUAUGAAAGUUAUAAAACUCAACAAAAUUCAAAGGAUUCAGUUGACAUAAAUUAAAAUAAGAAAAAUGGUUAUACCAAAAAAUCAUUCAAUAAGUCGGUCCUCUAGUUGUUUACGAAAAUAUCGAAUACUGUUUGUAUUUGGUAUUACUGUACUAUGUGUACAAAUUUAUUUAGCUCAUAUAUUCUUCGGUUUGGAAAUCCGAAAUCGAAAAUUUAAUCGGCUGUCUUCAGGAGAAGACUCAUCUCAACCUACAGAAGAUGAAGGUUUACCAAAAGGUUUACGUCAAUUGAAACUACCACCUGACAAAAUUAGUAAUUCAAAUAGAAUUCUACAAUUUCAGCGAAACCGUACUACUAGAGUAAAGCUAGAUCGUAAAUCAUUAAAUUUUACACCACCUUGUGAAUUUAAUGGCAAAGAAGCAGUAAGUGCUGUAACACGUGCACAAAGUCAAGUAUGCAAACAACGCAUUGUCAAUGUGACGUGCCUUAACCAACAAGGAUUAUUAUACCCAGAAAGAAUACAGUCUCUGUGCCCUCAUUCUCCAGGAUUUAUGGAUAAACCAGUCAGUUUAGGAUGUUUUAAAGAUGAUAAAACAUUAAGAAUACUUUCUGGUUAUUACCAUGUUUUUAAAGGGAACAAUUCUCCAGAACGCUGUGCUUUUCUGUGUCUUCAGUCAGGAUAUUUGUAUGCUGGUACUGAGUAUUCCGUUGAAUGCUUUUGUGGUAUGGAAAAUCCAUCCCAACUAAAACGAUUACCAGAUUCUAGUUGUAAUAUGAAAUGUUCUGGUAAUCCAAAAUAUUCUUGUGGUGGAUAUCUAACAAUUAAUGUAUUUUGGACUGGAAUUCAGAAAUUUAAAGCACAAGAAGCUCGAAAUACAAGUAUAGAUGGUGAAAAUGAAAAGCCAGUUCGAAUAGCAUAUUUAUUAACAGUAAAUGGCAGAGCCAGUCGACAAGUAAAACGACUUAUCAAUAUUCUUUAUCAUCCUUCCCAUUUAUUUUAUAUUCAUGUCGAUGCGCGACAAGAUUAUCUUUAUCGAGAAAUGUUAGAAGUGGAAAAAUCUUGCAAAAUUAAUAAUAUUAAGGUGGCAAGAGGAGAAAAUUUAAGACAUGCAAGCAUUUGGGGAGGUGCUAGUCUUUUAACGACUCUUUUAAAAUCUGCACAGCAGAUGCUCGCACAUCAUCACCAUUGGGAUUUUCUUGUAAAUCUGUCAGAAUCUGAUUUUCCUAUAAAAAGCAAUGCACAAUUAACUCAAUUUCUUAGCUUGAAUAAAGGUAUGAAUUUUGUAAAAUCUCAUGGAAGGGAAGUCCAACGAUUUAUCACCAAACAAGGUUUGGAUAAGACUUUUGUAGAAUGUGAAACUCGUAUGUGGAGAAUAGGCGAUCGCAAAUUACCAGAUGGUAUUCAAAUAGAUGGUGGUAGUGACUGGGUAGCCUUAAGCAGAGAAUUUGUAGAGUAUGUUGCUAAUCCAAAUCCGGAUAAAUUAGUGACUGAUCUCUUAAAAGUAUUUAAAUAUACUUUAUUACCCGCUGAAUCCUUUUUUCAUACAGUUCUACGUAAUUCAAAAUUUUGCAAUACUUACAUCGAUAAUAAUUUACAUGUUACUAAUUGGAAAAGAAAGCUAGGCUGUAAAUGUCAGUAUAAAGCUGUGGUGGAUUGGUGUGGCUGUAGUCCAAAUGACUUCAAACUUGAAGACUUUAGCAGAAUUCGCAAUACAAUAGAUCGCAAUUUGUUUUUCGCACGAAAGUUUGAAUCUAUUAUUGACCAAAGAAUCAUAGACAGGGUAGAAGAAUGGUUGUACCCUGAGAAUUUAAAUAAAUCUGUGAAUGCGAAAGGUUACGACGCGUACUGGCAAAGUUUAUACCAUACAUCAGAUUUGAGUCCUUUGAGUGAUGAUGCACAAUUGACUGUUUCAAAUUCCUUAGCAAGAUUAAUUUUUCGUAAACUAAAUAUAGAUUACAAACAUAUCCGUCUUUUGGAAACAACUGCCUAUUUUAAACGAAAUCAGUUUGUUGGAAUAUUAAUUCGUGCUGAAGCUACAUUACAACAACAAACUGUUCAAGAAGAAUAUUUGGAACAAAUAGAAGCUUUGACCUACCUAAGACAGAAUUUUUCUACUAGUAGAGAAUGGUUGGGAAAGAUACAAAGUUUAUCUGUUAAUACUGAUUAUGAUCAAAAAGAAAAGACAUUUAGAAAUUUGAUGGGAAGUAUAGGACCAUAUUCAUAUCCAGUUUUAUCAUACGAAUUUGAUACUACACUGACCAUACCACAAAAUCUGUCAAUAUUAUGGGUGGAUCCUUAUGGUCGAUUAGCAGAAGUUAAUUAUAUACAGCUUGAAGAAACGACAUUAACAGGGUAUGUUAAACCACAAUUCAAUGAACAUCUAAUUGUGGGUACUUGGCAUCUAUUCUUAGUUGCUGAUUCCUUAUUAGUGACAAAAAUGAAUUUUUUGGUGACUCCUUUAGGAUAUUGGAAAAAUAAAAAGAUUGAUGCAGAGAGAGCUAAGGAAAUAAAUAAUGCAUCUGCCAACAGUUAUCAUAUUACUGAAGAAAUGAAUAAAAAGUGGUCACAUUUAUUAAAUUCUGUAAAUUUUUACGAACGAACUACACAUACAACAGAUAAUGAAAUUAAAAUUAAUUCUAACUUGGAUCAAUGGAUAGACAAGCUAGUACAGGAACAUUAUGAAAUUGAUAAAAUCUGCAGUGCUAAUAAUGCUAAAUUAAAGUUACAAAAGUGUAUUAAUACUUACUGGAGCUCAUUGAGUCCAGAUUCAAAGGCUGAUAUCAAUAACCUAUGUUAAAACUAUCAAUUAGUUUACUAAAUAUGUGCCAUUCUCAAUAUUUUUAAAGUUUAACUUAUUAAAUACGUGUAAAGGUUAAUAAUCUUUUUAGAUAUUUUUAUAUCAAAUACAUGCUAUACAUAUUCAUAUGGUCUAUUUUAAAAGUAUUUUACAUCCUGAAAUUAAAAAAAUUUUAAGCUAAUAUAAGGAAAUUUUUGUCAUUCUUUGGAUAUCCAAAGUUCAGUAAUCUGAUUAUUUCACUAUAGUAAAAUGCCUCUUUUCCUAUUAUAUAUUUCUAUAAAGUUUUGUUAAUUUAUAUUCAUAUAAUAAUGUAUAUACAAAUUGUGUAUAGAUUUUCCUUAAUUCUUAUUUCUAGUAAAUUUAUAUGAAAUACAGAAAAUUCAAAUUUGUUUUCACACAGAGAUAUAGAAUAUUUAGAAUUUUUGUUGAAAAAGUAAUUAAUCUUUAUUUGCCAUAAUAUGAUUUUCAUUUUACAAAUUAAUGAAUUAUGUUUUAUAUGCUGUAAGUAGAAAUUAUAAUCAAUACAUAUUUAUACCGAAUUUGAAUUACAUUCCUACAAAAUAUUGCUACAUGUGCCUUCAAUUUUGUUAAUUCAUAGAAACUUGAAAUUUCAAUAAUAAUUAUGCGUGUAUAUUGCGAAGUGAUUUACAUUACGAUUUUAAAGGAUGCCUCCUACUUUUAAACAAAAAAUAAGCUAAAAACAUUAGUUUAAUUAUUGUUGUGUACUCUUCUCUAAAAAGAUCAAUUUAUGAGUAUGUUUUAUUUUACAUGAUAUUAUUACAUGUGUAUUAUGCAAUUUAUCUGUGCAUAUGUAUGUUCACCAUUGAUAUGUUAAUCUUUUUAAAAUAUAUAAAUGAUGGUUAACGAAACAAAAAUAUUUAUGCCACUAUCAUUUAUAAAUGUAAAUAUUUAUAAAAAUCAAAAAGAUGAACUGAUUUAAGAAUUGUCUUAUCACUUAAAUUAGUGCGAAAUCAAAAUAAUAUAAUGUCCUACAGUUAAUUAUAUGAUAUGACAUGACGAGAAUUGCACUAAUGUAUUAAAUAAUGGUUAAUUAGCUAAAAUUGGCUACAAAAGAUAUUUUAUUUCCACAUGGAAGUUUUUAAAUUGAAUAAAAUUAGUAAACUUUUCUUCUUAAA